AUGAAGCUACUCGCCAUCCGGUCCGUCCUCUCGGCCAUACUCCUAUCGACGACGGCCCUGGCUACUCCCGCCCCUGCCCCCGUGCCCGCGCCAGCUCCUGAUGCCGCGCCUGAGCCCAUCACUGCCCCCGUCGUGGCCGCCGCCGCCGCUGGGCCUGACCUCGAGAAGCGCUUCGACACCGUCAUCGUGGACAUUCCCACCGGCGGCAAGGUCAAGGGCCGCUCGCUGCUCAAGGUCGAGUCCUUCAACGCCAUCCCCUACGCGGACCCCCCCGUCGGGCCGCUGCGCCUCCGCCCCCCGCGGCGCCUGUCCAGGGACCCGGGCACCGUCGACGGCACGGGCCUCGCCGCGGGGUGCCCGCAGAUGUACAUCUCGUCGGGGGCGCGCGACGCGGUUGAAAAGAUCGGCGGCAAGCUGCUCGACCUACCCUUCCUCAAGCCCAUCACCGGCCAGGAGGACUGCCUGACGAUCAACGUGCAGCGCCCCGCGGGGACCAAGCCGUCGGACAAGCUGCCGGUGCUCUUCUGGAUCUACGGCGGGGGGUUCCAGUUUGGCAGCACCAACACGUACGACGCGACGAGCCUGCUCGCCAGCGCCGUCGGGCAGAAGCAGCCGUUCGUCUUCGUAGCCGUCAACUACCGCCUCGCGGGCUUCGGCUUCAUGCCCGGCAAGGAGAUCCUCAAGGACGGGAGCGCCAACCUGGGGCUCCUAGACCAGCGCAUGGGCCUCGAAUGGGUGGCCGACAACAUCGCAGCCUUCGGCGGCGACCCGUCCAAGGUGACCAUCUGGGGCCAGUCGGCGGGCUCCAUCUCCGUCUACAACCAGAUGCUCCUCUACGGCGGCAACGCCACCUACAAGGGCCACCCACUGUUCCGUGGCGCCAUCAUGAACUCGGGCAGCGCCGUACCCGCCGACCCCGUCGACUGCCCCAAGGGCCAGGCCGUCUACGACGCCGUCGUCGCCUCGGGCGGCUGCGCCGGUUCCCCCGACACCCUCGCCUGCCUCCGCGGCCUCGACUACGACACCUUCCACAAGGCCGUCAACUCGGUCCCCGCCACCACGGAAUACAACUCGGUCGCCCUCUCGUACCUGCCGCGGCCUGACGGCGUCCUUAUACCCGACAGCCCCGACGUCAUGGUCGAGCAGGGCCGCUUGCACGCCAUCCCCUUCAUCCUCGGCGACCAGGAGGACGAGGGCACCAUCUUAUCCCUCGCCCAGACCAACGUCACCACCGUCGACGACAUGACCGACUACCUGUCCAACAUCUACUUCCACAACGCCCCCCGCGAAAAGCUCAAGCAGUUCGUCCAAACCUACGAGCCCGCCCUCCUCCAGGGCAGCCCCUUCCGCACCGGCAUCUUCAACGAGCUGUACCCGGGCUUCAAGCGCAUGUCCGCCAUGCUCGGCGACAUGACCUUCAUACUGACCCGCCGCAUCAUCCUCAAGAUCACCACAAAGACCAAGCCCGAUAUGCCCUUCUGGUCCUACCUCUCCUCGUACGACUACGGCACCCCCAUCGUCGGCACCUUCCACGCCUCCGACAUCAUCCAGGUCUUCUACGGCAUCCCGCCCAACAACGCCAUGCGCAGCUGCCGCACCUACUACUUCAACUUCCUCUACAACCUCGACCCCAACAAAGGCGUCAGCGGCUAUACCCACUGGCCCCAGUGGAAGGAGAAGCAGGAGAUGAUGUGGUUCAAGUCGGGCUCUGCCAACGGCAUCCUUAAGGACGACUUCCGCGGCGGCUCCGCCGCCUUUCUCGAGGCCAACAGGGACAUAAUGCACAUUUGA